UCCAACUGCCAGAAAGUGAGCCGUACCAACAGGACUUUAGAAACAACACUAAGUCCACAUCAGCCGCUCAGGGGUCUUCACUUCAAUGGGACGUCGAUGCGGGGAUACAAAGCAGAAUAUUUGAUGCAGAAUGCAGAAGUGACUUCUUUUUUUCUUCAGAACUUCAAGUUGCAGCUUUGGUGGAGAUGUUUGUCGACGUGUUUUUCAUAUGAAGUGCAAAGAUUGGUGUUUCAACAUUUGUUAUUAAGGAGGAAGUGCAGGGAGACAAAAUGGAGGAGCACAAUAAUGUCCACAUCAUGAGACUCCUGUCAGGUGAGAGCACUGAUUCCACCGUGUCGUCGGACUCCUGUGAGUACUAUCAGACAGAGAUAUUUGAUCAGCUGCCCAGCAUCCAGGCCAGCCGGCCCGAGCAGGACAGACAGGGCUCAUGGGAGGCCUGCGAGGCCCACCAGGGUGGCCCUGAAGCUGGGGAGAGGAUCAGCCAUGGCCACCUGUCCAGAGGAUCCAAAGACAAGGCAUCUAUACAGCCGCUCAAGAACCUGGUCAUGUGUAUUCAGGGGAAGAGGGGCGCCAGGGACAGGAGAAAGAUGCAAAUCAGCAAUAUUGGUUUUUGGGAGUCAUGGAGGCGGAACCAGAGCAUCAACAGGAAAAGGGUUUGGGCGCAGAUGGGAGGGGUCCUAUCAGGCCUGUUGCCAUGGAAGCACACGCUCCGUGCCAUCGGAGGCAGGUUUGGAGUUGGCGUGAAGGCGUACUUUGUGUUCCUCAGAUAUCUGGUUUACAUGAACCUCCUUCACUGUGCUCUCAUCUUGGGUUUUAUUCUGGGGCCGACAGCAUUUUAUGGCAGGGGCAACAGCAGCGAACCUUUGAAGUUUGGAGGCAAUGACUCUGUUUUGGAUUUCUUCCUGGGAUCGGGCUACCUGGAUCGAUCCCCGGUCUUCUUUGGUUUCUAUACUCGUGGCUCUCUGAAUCUGCAGUGCUUGAACACACCUCUGCUGUACUUUGCUGGAGUCCUCAUCAUCCUCUUCCUCAGUUUCAUCAUGGUGGUCCGUCGAACGAUGGUUGGCUACAAGCACACCUGGAUGCUGGGGAAGCGUUACAGUACGAAUGUGAGCUAUAAGAUCUUUAGCGGUUGGGACUUCACCAUCCAGGACCCUACAGCUGCUACUCUCAAACACAGCUUCAUCAAAAACGAUCUCAAGCUUUUCCUGGAGGAGCAGGCUUUCUCCCAGCGCAAGGCUCAGAGGACACUUGGACAGCAGGUGCGUCUCUACCUGCUCAGGUUCGUCCUCAACUUGCUCGUUCUGUCUCUGCUGGGUGGAGCCUUCUACCUCAUCUACUUUGCCACUGAAACAUCACAGGAUGAGAGGAAGCACUACUGGUUGGUUAGUCUGGUGCUUCAGUACCUCCCUCCCAUCACCAUCACCUUUGUCAACCUGGUCCUCCCCCACAUCUUUCGCAAGAUCUCGUCUUUUGAAGACUACUCUUUCACCAUGCAGGUCAAUGCCACACUUGUUAGGAGCAUCUUCUUGAAGCUGGCGUCGCUGGGGAUCUACUUAUUUUUUAUCUUCACAACAGAACAUCAGCAAAAUCAGUUUCACUGCGGGGAGAACAGGUUCGGCCGAGAGAUGUACAAGCUGUGUAUCUUCAACUUCCUUGCCACUUUCUGCAACACCUUCCUCUUGAACUACCCCAGGAAGCUGCUGCAGGAGAAUUACCCCUUAUCCUUGCUUGCUCGGUUGUUGGGGAAACAGCAUUUCCUGAUCCCCUUCAAUGUGUUGGAUCUGGUGUAUGGUCAGACAGUGUCCUGGGUGGGAGUCUAUUACUGCCCUCUGCUGCCGCUGAUAGGAACCGUCACACUGAUGGCCACAAUCUACAUCAAAAAGUUCACGGUCCUGCGUUGCUGUGUGGCAGAACCGAGGAUGUUUCGAGCCUCCAGCUCAUCAGUUUUGUUCUACUUCAUGUUGCUGCUGGGCCUCCUCAUGGCUGCAACCACACUGGGUUUCAACCUCUACCAGCAAGAGGCUGUGACAAACAAAAAUAUGUCCGUGUCCUGUGGUCCAUUUGGAAAUGGAGAAACUGUGCAUAGUGUGAUAGGAGUGUGUGUGGACAGUCUCCCACGUGCAGCACAGACCACUCUACGCUACCUGGCCUCUGAGGCCUUCGCCCUGCCGCUCAUACUGGCCGAGAUUAUAAUCUUAACCUCAUAUGUGUCACGGAGACGAGCUAAUCAGAAGGCCAUCGAGAGACUGAAAGAUAUGCUGGUUAUGAGCAGCUCAGAUAAGCGUUUCCUGGUGAAAGAGCACGCCACCAUACUCAGACGUCAGAGAAAUCCCCACAGAGUGCGCUCUGCACCCAUCAUAGAGGACAACCCCCUCAACCAACGGAAAGAUGUCCCCUCCAUGCAUGCAAACAGAUAACAGCCCUCAAGCCGUCAGCCCAGUACGUCCACAUACUUUCACUGAAAAAAAAAAGACUUAGUUACGCCUGCCACAGCUGAGGAGAUCUGGCUUAAUAUAAAAAGUAAAAGUUAUGACGAAUUCUCACUCUUCCAGUUACAUGAUGUAAAAAGAUAAGAAAUGCAGUUUUGGCAUAUUUCUAAGGUCUUACUGUAACUUUCAUAUGACGCACUCUUAAGUUGGAAUAGUGUUUGUAUUGGUUUAAAAAUUCUGGUUAUUAUUUUAUGGUCUUGGUGAGUUUGUUAAGCGUGCUGAUGAAACAGUGUUAGGUUUUUUUACCCCUCUGUAAAAUUAAAAAUGUAUGCAUAUGAAUGUAAUUUUAUUACCAUUUAUAUGAUGGUUAUAGUAUUAAGUUGUGUAUAAAAAUGGUACUUUAACUGUAUUCAGUGAACUGUGUUUUUUAAAUAUCCUGCUCAAUAAACCUUCAUGGUUUGUGAA